AUGUCAACAAUCGGCACAACAACACUUCAAACAACAGCACCAAACUCUUUAGUCAUGAACCCAACUUCAAUGUUGGUAGAGAUGAAAAGCUUCAUUCCUUCUUCAUAUACUUUCGAAACAAAAAUCCAGAAGAUAAAGCAAGAACUUUUAACAAGUAAUUUAGACUGUAGUGCAAAAGAUGAAACAAAUGAACAGUAUCUUUAUGAAAUGCAGGAUAUUAUUGACCAUCUACCUAAACUUCCUGAAAUACAACAACAAAAGCUUACUAUUCCAGAAUUCGAUGAAAUAGAAGUCAAAGCAACUGACUCAGUAGAAAUAAAGAAGUUCAUACGUAAGGUAAACUAUGAGUUUCUUGGAUUUCAUUGCAACCACAAAGUCAUGGACAAAGACUGCGAUAUGGUAUAUAAGAACAUCUCUGACAUAUACAAAUCUGGGGAGUUUAAGACCUACGACAACUUUGUUUCGUUAGUUGCAAAAUGUGUAUGGCAGAUAAGAGAUAAAGAUAGAAGAGGUAAGAUAUGGAAUGAACAGAUAAAACCAACUACUUCAGAUUUAAAGAAAACCAUUGACGCCUUAGUCAUACUAGCAGGUAAGAUUUCAAUGUACAAUGCUAAAAUGAACCCACAAUGUUCAAAAUGUAAAGCAGCAAUGAGGAAAUAUAACUACUCCGUCAAAGAGAUAGAACGUAUGCGAAACGACUAUGCUGACUUAAAGAAAGAAGUAGAGAAACCAGCAGAAGAUAAAAUGGACAUGUUGACAUUUCUGAACAAAAACUAUCCAACAGCUGACGAUUUCCUUCUAUCUGAUGUCAAGAAGAAAUAUAAAGAAACAUUCGGCAUAGUUAAAACAUUCGAUGUACUGACAGAAGAAAUAGAAGCUACGAAAUUGUUUAGAAUUUCACGAAUUCACAAUGUUUACCAUGUAAAACGCUUAUAA